AUCUCGCGAGAUCAGGCUUGGCGCCGUGACCUCCAUGUGGGAGCUACUGCUCUAUAAGUAAACACUCCGCGCCGCCUAUACUUGGCUCCUUCCUAUUUGUGAGGAGAUACUGCGCUUCGGACUGGUUCCGAUUUCCUCUAUUUCUCCACGGGGCUGGGCAGGCGCGCGCGGCUUGGGAGGCGCCGCGGCCGCCUGUCGCCCGGGGUCCGGCGGGUCUCCCCUCACCGUACUCGCACUCGCCUGUCCGCCGCGGAGAGCGGGGCCGCCGGGGCGCGGCGUCCCGAGCGAGCGCAGGGGGAGACAAAGGGAGCCGGGCCCUCUCUCCAGCCGAGAUGUGGAUCCAGGUUCGCACCAUCGACGGCUCCCAGACACGCACCAUCGAGGAUGUUUCUCGCAAAGCCACGAUCGAGGAAUUGCGUGAGCGGGUUUGGGCGCUGUUCGACGUGCGGCCCGAGUGCCAGCGCCUCUUCUACCGAGGCAAGCAGCUGGAAAAUGGAUAUACCUUAUUUGACUACGAUGUUGGGCUGAAUGAUAUAAUUCAGUUAUUAGUUCGUCCAGAUCCUGAUCUUCCUAGCACAUCUAAACAGACUGAUGUACAGAUGAAACCCUGCUCUAAUAGUCCACCUAAAGUAAAGAAAACUUCGAGGGUGGGGUCUGCAAGUCAGCCAUCUACAUCAGCUCGUGCUUGUCUCAUUGAUCCUGGCUUUGGACAUUAUAAGGUAAAUGAAUUGGUGGAUGCCAGAGAUGUCGGCCUUGGUGCUUGGUUUGAAGCACAUAUACAUAGUGUUACUAGAGCUUCUGAUGGACAUUCACGUGGCAAAACUCCAUUGAAGAAUGGCAGUUCUUAUAAAAGGACUAAUGGAAAUGUAAAUCAUAAUUCCAAAGAGAACACACAUAAAUUGGACAGUGCCCCCUCUACGUCUAAUUCAGACUGUGUUGCUGCUGAUGAAGACGUUAUUUAUCAUAUCGAGUAUGAUGAAUAUCCGGAAAGUGGUACUCUAGAAAUGAAUGUCAAGGAUCUUCGACCACGCGCUAGAACCAUUUUGAAAUGGAAUGAACUAAAUGUUGGUGAUGUGGUAAUGGUUAAUUACAAUGUAGAAAAUCCAGCAAAAAGAGGAUUUUGGUAUGAUGCAGAAAUUACCACAUUGAAGGCAAUUUCAAGGACUAAAAAAGAACUUCGUGUGAAAAUUUUCUUAGGAGGUUCAGAAGGAACAUUAAAUGACUGCAGGGUAAUAUUUGCAGAAGAAAUCUUCAAGAUUGAGAAGCCUGGAGCCCAUCCUCUUUCAUUCGCAGAUGGAAAGUUUUUAAGGAAAAAUGACCCUGAAUGUGACCUGUGUGGUGGAGACCCCGAUAAGAAAUGUCAUAUGUGUUCUUGUCAUAAAUGUGGUGAGAAACGUGAACCGAACAUGCAGCUUCUUUGCGAUGAAUGUAAUAUGGCCUAUCAUAUCUACUGCCUGAAUCCACCCUUGGAUAAAAUCCCAGAAGAAGAAUACUGGUAUUGUCCUUGCUGUAAAACUGAUUCCAGUGAAGUUGUAAAGGCUGGUGAAAGACUCAAGAUGAGUAAAAAGAAAGCAAAGAUGCCUUCAGCUAGUACUGAAAGCCGGAGAGACUGGGGCAGGGGCAUGGCUUGUGUUGGCCGUACAAAAGAAUGUACAAUUGUCCCUUCUAAUCAUUAUGGGCCUAUUCCUGGUAUUCCUGUUGGAUCAACUUGGAGAUUUAGAGUUCAGGUGAGCGAAGCAGGUGUUCAUAGGCCCCAUGUUGGUGGAAUUCAUGGUCGCAGUAAUGAUGGGGCUUAUUCUCUUGUCCUGGCUGGUGGAUUUGCAGAUGAAGUAGACCGAGGUGAUGAAUUUACAUACACUGGAAGUGGUGGUAAAAAUCUUGCUGGUAAUAAAAGAAUUGGUGCACCAUCAGCUGAUCAAACAUUAACAAACAUGAACAGGGCAUUGGCCCUAAACUGUGAUGCUCCAUUGGAUGAUAAAAUUGGAGCAGAGUCUCGGAAUUGGAGAGCUGGUAAGCCAGUCAGAGUGAUACGCAGUUUUAAAGGGAGGAAGAUCAGCAAAUAUGCUCCUGAAGAAGGCAACAGAUAUGAUGGCAUUUAUAAGGUGGUGAAAUACUGGCCAGAAAUUUCAUCCAGUCAUGGAUUCUUGGUUUGGCGUUACCUUUUAAGAAGAGAUGAUGUUGAACCUGCACCUUGGACCUCAGAAGGAAUAGAGCGAUCAAGGAGAUUAUGUCUUCGCUUGCAGUAUCCAGCAGGUUACCCUUCAGAUAAGGAAGGGAAGAAGACUAAAGGACAGUCAAAGAAGCAGGCCACUGAAGCUAUAAAAAGGCCAACUUCAGAUGGUGAAUGUCCAAGUGCCUCCAAAGUGAUCAAAGCAUCAGACUCAGCAGAAGCAGUCGAGGCUUUCCAGCUUACCCCUCAGCAACAGAAUCUAAUCAGAGAAGACUGUCAGAACCAGAAAUUAUGGGAUGAAGUGCUUGCAUCUGUUGUGGAAGGACCAAAUUUUCUGAAAAAAUUGGAACAGUCUUUCAUGUGUGUCUGCUGUCAGGAGCUAGUUUAUCAACCUGUGACAACAGAGUGCUUCCACAAUGUCUGUAAAGAUUGCUUGCAGCGCUCCUUCAAGGCCCAAGUUUUUUCCUGCCCUGCUUGCCGGCAUGAUCUUGGCCAGAAUUAUGUCAUGAUUCCCAAUGAGAUUCUACAGACUCUACUUGACCUUUUCUUCCCCGGCUACAGCAAAGGACGAUGAUCUGUCUGCUUGUGUGUUGUUCCUGGUGGCUUAUUGGACAAUAAAGAAUCUAAAAUGGGUGGGGAGGGUGGAAGCAACAGUGGACCAUAUCUCUCACAUUCUGAAGCAGCUACUCCUCUUUCCCACAUAGCCAUCAUCUUGUGUGUAGUAAGAGGCCCAUUUUUCAACUGUCUUAACUAUUAAAAGGUAGUUCUGUCAGUAACAACUAGUUUAAGAAGUAAAAAGUCAAAGCCUCAGCUCUAGUUGAUAUUCAAGUUAUGAUUUAUUUUGCAACUACCUCAGGACAGAGAAGAUUUAUGGGUAUUUUAAAAAUCAUUGAAUAAUUAGUUAAAUGAGAUUUUAGCUACACACUGCCUCCCAAAUAUUAGUUGUGCCUGGUUCUUGUAAUUUCAUUUUAUGAAAAAGGAGAUGAUACUUGAGAUUCUUGGAAUGAACGCAGCUUCUGUAGUAUGCAUAAUACUUUUUAAAAUGUCUCUUCUUCCAUUACAGUAUGUUUUGCAAGGAAAGGUUCGUCUUUUAGCCCAUUUUGUGAGCUCCAUUGUGCUUUUCUUCUGGUGUUUUAUGCAAGUUGACUACUAAUGACUAAUGAAAACAAUAUGAAUGCAUUCUUACUGCAUUAGUGUAAUGUGUGGUUUUGCAGUUAAAAGAGGUAUUCACAUGCUUUAGUUGUAAAUGUUUAUGAAAAGCCACUUCUGUAUUAGGCAAACUGCUUUUUAGUGAGUUUCACCAGUGAUUUUAUAUCUGCAGAGUAUUGAGGGAUGUUCAGACUUUUGAGAGGAUUGAAAUUGCUUCAUAUUGUGAUCCUAAAUUUUAUAUUCACUAUAUUCCUUAAAGUAUACCUUAAUAAAUAUUUUAUGAUCAGAAAAACUCUCAUUUUGCUUUACUUUUUAAAAACUUUAUGGUUUAUAGUAUAGAUUUUUAACAGUCAUUUCCAGAUGUUGUCAUUGUAUAUGUUUAUUAAAAUGUAUUUUUGGUCAACUCUUUUUGGCAAUGAGAACUAGAAUGAAAUUUUUGUUAACCUGUUGCAUAUUAAUUAUACAGAAUGAGUUUCAUUGUAUGGUCUUAGGACAAAUUCCAUCCUGUUUUUUUUUAAAGUUUCAUUCUACAGAAUGCAGAAAUUUUGAAAGAACAGUGAAUGUUCUUUUAUCUGUAACUCUUCAUGUUCCCUUUUUGCGUGAGUGCUGCUGCUUAUUUCAGACGAGAACAUUUUAAGACAUUUCUCUGUUAUACUCAUAUUUUUUAUCAGAAAAUUUUAAUGUGGUCAAGCCUUUGUAACCCUAGAUUCAAAGCUAACUGACCAUCUGUCUAUCUCGCCAGUGUUUACUGAAUACUUUGUUGUAGUCGUGUGUACAUUUUAGCUCGGUCUACACCACAAGCCUAAAGGUCUUCUGUAUUGUAUAGGUUGUCACCCUUGCAUAUGUGGCAAACUAAACCCAUUGCUUUCCCUACAUGUGGUUAAAUUCGAAAUCAGGUUCUGUGAAAAACACUAGGCUAGAUUGUGAAAGUGAUUUCAACAUUGAUGAGUAGCCAUUAAUUCAAUGAUCUUUUAUUGUCUAUAACAGUGAUGGCAAAUAGUCUGCUGCAACAUAUAGUUGAACACAUAGGUUCAUCACCACUCGUCUAUAAAGAAGCCUUAAAAGAAGUCAUUUUUAUUGUGAAGAAUUAUUUAAUUAGAAUCUUUUUAGAUUGAAAGGAAUCAUAAAAUGUAUUGUCCAGGACUUUAUUCCCUGUAGCAUUGGCUUGAAGCAAUGCUGUAGCAUUGAAUGAAGGAUGGGAAAUAAUUUCCUAGUUUAAGCUCUUUGAAAUUAUUUAGUUCUACUACUUUUGUUUGUAAAAUAAGUGAUUCUCAGAGUUAUGCUGUGUAUUAUCUUAAUUACUCUGUAACAGAAUGAACCAGGAAAGAAGGGUAAAUACAGCUGUCAAGAAUGGCCUGAAACUAAGAAAUUUUUUAUUGUUCACGAACUUCUAAGUUUUUUUAAAGUGAGGUAUUUUUACAUAUUUCAGUAGGUAUGUAGGAAGUAGGGACGUUCAGAAAACAUUACCACAGCACUGUUGUCACAUGAGUUUUAUAUCAUGAAAUCUCUAAUAAAUGCUCUGGGUUUCUCUUAAAUAUUAUAAGUGGAUGUUUUUAUCUGAAUCAGGAUCCAAAUAAAGACUUCAGAUUGUGAA